CGGACAGGGAUGCCAACGCAUGAUACGAGACGGACCUACGCGCCCGAUGCCGUCGCUGUCCCUGAUGUCAUCCAACAAGCGUACCACAAGCUUCGGGCAGAGACGAUGUUCACGAACCAAGCCAAGUCCGCCGAGUCGUCCAGCUCCACACUCCCUUCCCGUCCGUCAUAUGUGCCCAAGAUGCAUGAACCGCCGCAGAUGCGGGAGCUACGAGACAAGAACCGACGCCCCGCAACGCUGCCUCGGGACGCUACGGUAAGCGCAAAGGCCGUCGCCUUACGGUCGCGCGGCCGGCGCGAGUCUGUUGCUGCAACGCCCGACGACGUCACGACAUUGCUGAUGGCUCUCGAUAUAACGCACAUGCAAUGCGCGACUCCAAGUUUAACGCGCCGCGGUAGCCAAGUGCCCAUGGACUUGCCGACCUAUUUGUCGCUGAUUCUGACCAACAUGGAGCAAGCCAAUGUCGUCCGGUUUGACAAGGUCGACAUGACGAUCAAGCUCUCGCAGGUCUUCCACAAAAUCGACAACGACGAAGACGGCUUGGUCACGAUGAGCGAGUUUACGUCCUACAUUCUCGACGCUGCCGCAGGCUUGUCGGAGCAAGCAGCUGCAAGUGGCCUUCACGAGUACAACAAGACCCCGACAAUGGCAACCUCAGUUUUAACAAGGCCACUCGAGAAAAUGGUGUACCUUCCAGAAGCGAACCAUUUCGUCGCUGUGGAGAGCUACAGCAAAACGUUCCAGGUCUACGAUACGCACGACGGCGCCCUCGUCGCGACCUCGGGCAUCUACACCGGCGGGGUAUUCGUGGACGCAAUCCACGUCCCGGCGCUCGAUUACGUCGUUACAAGCACGACCGACGCCACGAUCAACUGCUGGGAUACGACCGAAUUUCGUUUGCGCCAGCAACUGCCGACGACGGACGUGCAGACCGUUCUCCAGUGGAACACACCGUUGCGGCGCUUGUACGCUGCUUCCGUUGCCGGCGAAAUUUCGGCGUGGAAUGUGGAUACGCUCGUGCGCGUUGGUGGGUUCCAGACGCACGUCGCUGACGUCACGGAUGUUGCCUUUGCCCAGCAGUCGACACUCGCCGUAGCCAGCUUGAGCGCCGGCAUCCGCAUCUAUGACCUCGGAACCCACAAGCUUCUCAAGACGCUCGAGGGCCACCACCACGGCGUAUCAUGCCUUGGGUACGUUGCGGACCAGCAGUACAUUCUCAGCGGCGGCAUCGAUCACGACCUUCGUCUCUGGAAUCCGUACGUUGAAACCAGCAUUGCGCGGCUCAAAGGGCACGAGCACCAGCUCGUGGGCGUGGAGUGGGUCGAGGGGACACACGAGAUCCUUAGUGCCGACGAAGCCGGCUUCGUACGUGUCUGGGACAUUCGCAAAUACCGCUGCGUUCAAACACUCGCCGCGCUGCCCACAGCCAAGCCGACGAGCAAGACCAAGCCCGUCACCGCAAUGCUGUACGUCCCGACGAAGAAACGCAUCGUGCUUGCUUCGUCUGCUCUUCAGUUCCACGAUGCGUACGAGUGGAACGCCACCAAAGACAAUAGCGAUGUCGUGAGCCAUGCCAGCUUGGUCGUGUACUUGCCUUCGUGCAUGUACCUCGUGAGUGUUGCAGGCAGACAUCUCCGCGUAUGGAAUGCACACACGGGCGCGCUCUUGCACAACCUGCGGCAUGUGACACGAACCAGCAUCUCGGCCGCGUGCCACGGCGCUGGCACGACGAGCUACGCAGGCACGCUCGACGGCCACGUCUACCACAUCAACGCCACGAACGCUUCGAUUCUCAAGGAGAGGGCGCUGCACACGCAAGAGGUCACGGGGUUGAGCUUGCUCCAGACAAAAGGCGCACAUCGCCUUGUGACGAUCGCACUCGACGGCACUUGCGUCAUUGCCGACAUGGUGUCCCUGUCGCCGCUCGCCGCGCUCAACCACUGGCACGGCGUCAACUGUUUUCCCGCGAGCCGCCACGACACUGGCAACGAAGCCAGCCACGCGCACGCCUACCACGUGCCGCCCGACAUGCGCGAGGUGUACCCGGACUUUGCUCUCGAUGCUCUCAAGCGCAUCUUUACGGUCUACGACCCGCAAGACAUUGGCGUCGCACCGCUCAGCGCCGGCCGGGACCUCUUUGUUGCCGUCACGCGCGUCGUCCAGCGCACUGUGUACCGUAUCAACGAGGCGUACGUCGCGGCGGCCCUCGCAGCGUUCGCGCCGCGGCGACCUGGCGCCAUCUUGUUUACCGAGUUUCUUCACCUCGUGCUCGAUACGUGGCACGGACGCGGUGCGGUUGUUGCUGCUAUCACAGCCAUAGCGGUCUCGGCCAAAUACGACGUUGUCGUGACCGCGUCCUUGGACGGGACCUUUUGUGUGUGGAGUGCAAGCACCAACAUUCCAGUGAUGACGAGUCCGCUGCACAUGGAGGCAGGCAUCACGGCGCUUGCGUUUCUGGAGCCCCACCCGCUCUUCGUGCUGGCUGACGACCACUGCGGCGUGUCCGUGUACUGCAUCCCGCCGCACCCGUCGCGAUACCGCCGACUCUACGAGUUUCGCGACUUGAGUGCGAUCGUGCGCUGUCUCCUAUGGUGCCCACCCCACAUCGUUCUCGCAGGCGACGACCUCGGGCGCGUUACGCAGCUGCAAGUCUCGGGCUUCUUCCACGACCACGCAAAGGAGCCAAAGCAAAAGACGCACCUUCGUCGCCUUGGCACGCAACAAUUAGCCGUGCGCGAGAUGCCCAAGCGCAUCGAGACCCGGCGCUUUAGCAUCCACGAGUUCCAGUACACGCGAUCCGGCGAUGUCGACGCUGUCGCGACGUGGCCCGCACACACGGACGCUGUCUGCAGCCUCCAGGCGUGCAGUGCGGAAGGCCAACCCACGCACGCGGUCGUCUCAUGCGGGCUGGAAGGCGCCGUGUAUGCGUGGACGUGCACGGGUGCGCCGCUUGGUGCACUCGACACCAACAACGCGAGCUCGCCCAACCAAAGCGAGUGGCGAUUGUUUGUGAACCCUUCGGCCUUGCACGGCUCGGUCGAGCGGGCGAACGCCAUGAACUUCCUCAUGGCACGAGACUUGCAGAAGACGUCGGCUGUACGGGCACCAGUACCGCCAGCAGCAUCAGGUCGCCGACAGCGUCCAGCAGAGAGUCCCGCCAAUGAGCUGCCGCUGAUCCCGCGACCGCCGCCAUCGGGGCAGCGCACGCCCACGCUAUUUCGGCCAGACGAGUUCGUCAUGAGCGACGGCGCGACGAAGAGCGCCAUGCGCCUUCAGCGGGCACUGGACAGCCUUGAGCCUGCCAAGGUCCCGAGUCGGCCAUCGCCGCCAAAAUAGAGGUGGCAUGAGCCAUCGAGUCAGGUCCGAUCUUGUUCUUCGGGCAAAAUCUUGCGCCAGAUGGGCGAGUAUUUUUAUUCCGAUUAAAUUAAAUACGUUGGCUCUGCAA